GUUUCAGCAGUUAAAAGAGAACGUAGUUUAGAAGUUAGUUACACGUUAUUGGUAGUGGUAAGUGGUAACAUCGUAACAGUUUCUUGUUAUAGAUGUUGAGCUAGCAGAGUUUGUUAGUCCAAGUCACCAGUCUCUAACCGUUUCUCUCAACCCAGCUUUCUCUACUCCCUCACUCUCAUCUAUUGAUUUCGAUUUCUUCGCUCUUACUCGCUAAUCUCUGUAUCAUUCAUCACUCUUGCUUAUGGGUAGACCAAGGGAUGAGUACUACUGGGGUCAAGUUACUAAAGAAGGAAAUGAUGGUUGGUUGUGCAAACGCUGUAGCAAAAGAUUUAAGGGUGGCGUUUCAAGAAUCAAGGCGCAUCUGGGAAAUGAAACAGGGAAGGGAAUCAGUUUAUGCUCUAUGGCUGGUAUCAUGGCUGGUUCAAGUAAUCAGGUGGAAGCUCCGAAUGAAUUGGAUUCAUUACAAGGUUUGGCGCAUUCAAAUGAGGUUGUGGCUAGCGGCAACAUUGGUUUUGGAACUCACAUUAAAAAAAUGCAUGAACUGGUCAAUAAAUUAAGCAGUUGGGAAGCAGAACUUAAAGAUGGAUGGCAAUGGCUGGAGCACUGUGGCAAGAAGUGCGAAAGAGAAGAACUCGAUGAUUGGUUAAAAGAAGCUGGAGGCCUUAAAGAAGAAGCUCUUGAGAUAAUUGAGUCGUUGCAUCAGCAUGCUUUGCAAGACCCUUUAAAGAAAACAGAUGAUUUCAAAAGCAAAUUGUUUUAUAUAAAGUAUAAAAUGCCUUUUUGCUUGGACAAGGAAUCCGUUGACAGAAAUUUCAUACAGAUGCGAGAUCUUCUAAGGGAUGAUAAUGUCUUCUUCAUUGGUGUAUGUGGAAUGGGAGGAGUGGGAAAAACUUGGCUAGUAACUCACGUCAAGAAUCAAAUAAGAAGUAAGAAGAGUUUUUAUUUUGAGAAUGUGUAUUGGGUCACAGUUUCCCAAGAUUUUAGUAUUCUCAAAUUGCAAAACUCCAUUGCCAAAAGGAUAGGUGAAAAGCUUGAUGAUGAUGAUGAGAUAACUGACAGGGCAGAAAUUUUGUCAUCUGCAUUGAAGAAGAUAGAUAGGUUAGUGCUUAUUUUGGACAAUGUUUGGAAUUAUAUUGAUUUACAGAAAGUGGGAAUUCCUCUCAGAACAAAUGGGAUCAAAUUGAUUCUAACAAGUCGUCUAAAGCAUGUGUUUCAACAAAUGGAUUGCCCAACAGAAAAUUUAAUACAAAUGAAACCUUUUCAUCCAGAAGAUGACCAACAAGAUGACAUGAAAGAGGGUUGGGAAUUAUUUUUGCUAAAACUUGGAUGCAAUGGAAGACCUGCAACCCUUUCUGGUGAAGUAAAGAAAAUUGCAAGAUCUGUUGUAGAGAUAUGUGAUGGCUUGCCACUUGGAAUCUCUGUGAUGGCCAGAUUGAUGAAAGGAGUAAAUGAUGACAUCAGUAUAUGGAGACAUGCACUAAGCAAACUUGAAGAUUCAUCAAUGGGAGAAGACAUGGAAGAAGAGGUUAUAAAGGUAUUAAAACAAAGCUAUGACUAUUUGGGGGACAGCACUAGUCAAAAUUGUUUCUUGCAACAUGCAUUAUACAGUCAAGUUUCAGCAGAGGUGUUAUUCAUGAAUCUCGUCGACGAAGGGUUAAUACAAUCAACAAGGAGUUUAGACAAAAUAUUUGUCCAAGGGCAAGCAAUAUUAGCUAAACUCAAUAGCCAUUCAUUGAUUUCUUGGGUUCAUGAUUGGAUCCUUUUGAGGCACCUUUCAACUAUGCAUAGUUUAUUGAGGGACAUGGCAAGUGAUAUUGUGAAGGGAAGGUUCAUGCUGAGAUGUAGAAAAGGUUUAAAAAAUAUCCCUGAGAUUCAGGAGUGGACACCACACUUGGAGAAAGCAUCUUUGAUGGACAAUGAUAUAAAAGAAAUUCCAGAGGCCACAUCUCCCAUGUGUCCACAAUUGUCCACCUUGAAUCUUAGUAAAAAUGGGAUCAGAUACAUUCCAAAUUGUUUUUUCAACCACCUUGAAGCUCUAUCUCUACUUGACUUAUCCUACAAUGUAGAAUUAACUUCCUUGCCAAAUUCCUUGUCUAGUUUGAAGUCCCUUAAAUCCUUGUUGCUCGAGCGUUGUUAUUCAUUGAAGUAUGUGCCUCCAUUGGGGGAGCUACAAGAGCUUUCAAGAUUGGUUAUUUCAGAUACAUUAAUUGAGGAUGUCCCACAUGGGUUGGAAAUGCUGGCCAAGUUGAGAUGGCUUGAUCUAUCUAAUAAUAGAAAACUUGUUUGUGUACCAUGGCCUGUGUUAUCUGGUUUGACUAAUGUUCAAUACCUUAAUCUCCAAGGAACAUCUAUAACAGGACACAUUGUGCAAGGGGUGAUAAAUAAGUUGGAAUAUUUUCAAGGCUCCUUUCAGGUUGCUAAGAACUUAGCCGAUUUCAUGGAAAAUACCCUCAACAGAGAUGGUGGACUUAAAUAUUAUGAUAUAGAUUUCCGAUCUUCUUGUAUGCUUUGGAAACUUGACAUUUUGGGAGGGAAAAGGAAGCGCAUAACUGUGGGAGAUUUCGAAGGAUUUGAAGUUUUGUUGCCAAGUGACCUUCAGGAAUUGAAUAUAAGAAAUAAUAAACAGUUGGGUGGAGAUCUAUGUGAAUGUGGCGCUUUGUCAUUGAAAGCUCCUUCGUUGAAGAAGAUUGAUGUGAGUUAUUGCCCGAAAUUAGAGAGAUUGUGUUGUCUGUCUGGUCCCUGUUUCUUCUGCCAACAUCUUCAAAACCUUCAAUCUUUGGUUCUAUAUGACUUGGAAAGACUAGACACCAUAUGGAGGGAAGAUGAUGAAUUCAUAGGCUUGCCCAACUUGAGUGAAUUGAAGAUCCAACAUUGCAACAGGAUGGAAAGGUUAAUGAGAGCUACAUCUCUUGCAAAACUCCCAAAACUAGAGAGAAUAAGUUGAUUAUUGUAAGUCAAUCAAAGAGAUAUUUGCAAUGGGGACUGUCACAAUAAUUACUCUCCCCAACUCAUUCAGGGAGUUGUGUUUAUGGGGACUGCCACAAUUGGGGUGUGUGUGUGACACGGGCAGCAUUAUAGUCUCUAACUACCCUCCAGAAGUUACGGUCUUCUUGUGUCCAGAACUAAGAAGUCCCAUCUUUGAUACUAGGUAUCUAGGAUAGGAUAAUUAUGCAUUCAAUGUUUAUUGUCAAUUUUAGUGCCAUCAACACUACUUUAAUUUCUUUAUAAGUCAUAGUCCUUUGAGUGAUUUUUUGUUAAUAUAAAUGUAUAAUACUCACAUGACAUAUUAAUA